AUGGUACACCUUGUGGCUGUACCAGAGACAAUCACGGCAAGUGGCUGUGCUUGUGUCUUUAUUGACACCAUCUUCCGACUUCAUGGGUUGCCCCGUGAACUCGUAUCAGACAGAGAUCCACGAUUCACUGCUGAUUUCUGGCGUUCCGUGUUCAAAUCACUCGGAACGCGCUUGAAGAUGUCAACAUCUGAUCAUCCAGAGUCGGAUGGUCAGACGGAACGUGCCAAUCGUGUCCUUGAAGAGAUACUUCGAGGAUACGUACACUCCUUUAAGAGUUGGAGUGAGUUUUUGCCAAUGGUAGAGUUUGCCAUCAACAACUCGGUGCAUGCGUCCACGACACAUACACCGUUUUACGUGAAUGGCUUGCGCCAUCCGCGUGUACCCACCUUACUAGAGUGUGACUCUGGUUUAAGGGGGGGAGGGACUCGCGCGAGCAAAAACCGAUUUGGUUCACGCUCAUCACGCUCUGACGAAGAAGUCAUUGCGUUUGAUGCCGAUAUCGAUAACAUCGAUAUCGAAGAAGAUGAUGCCAGUGAGAGUGCGGAAGCCCUCACUGAAGACAAUGAUCCCAGUGAGAGUGCGGAAGCCCUCACUGAAGAAAAGGUUGUUGUUGCUGCAGUGCGCUCACAGCACACUGAAGCUAACGAGGUCAUCAGAUGA